GGCUCUCUAUGCAGUUUGUUGGAAAAUCCCUGAGCUGAGGAGGCCGUUGGUCGGGCAAUUUAUUGUUCGGGGCGAACAGAACCACAACCAGUAUGAAACCCCCGACCCUAUAUAGUUAGGGGCAGUAUUGGUGACUCGUUUUAGUUGUCUUUGGUCAGGGCUAUGACAAAGUUUAGUUGCCUGUUGCUGCUGCCUUUGCUGCUGCAGUUGCUCCACUUCGAAGGCGGACAUGGCUGGAGUUUUGGGCCAGUGCAGGAGGCGGAGAAUGAGCCACAACCAAGCGAUGUGGCCAGUUCGGCGAAUCAUACCAUACUCACCAGACAGUUGAUUGUGGGCACCCUGGUGCCUCCACAAUUGCCCGGACCCUGGCCAAGUCCCGCCAUUGUGUCGCCAGGCGGAACCAGCUACUGCCGGUGUGUACCGCCCGGAUCCUGUGCGAAUCCACUGCCCACCGUACCGAGCGAUGGCAGCGGACAGCUGGACAUACGCAUCGUCAACACGGGAGCCUUUCCAUCGAUCCCAAGCACUUCUGCUACUCUGACCUGCAGCUAUGGACAGGUGGCCUGCUGCCAGGCGGGAAGCUAUCAGUGUGGUCGCCGUUUCCCGCCUCCACUGGGCUCCUCCCAGGCCGGAGCGGGACAGGCAAGCUUCGGGGCAUACCCUUGGCAGGCGGCGCUGCUGACAACCGCCGAUGUGUAUCUGGGUGGAGGGGCUUUGAUCACGGCCCAGCAUGUCCUGACGGCUGCCCACAAGGUCUACAAUUUAGCUUUGACAUCGUUUAAGGUGCGCCUGGGGGAGUGGGAUGCGAGCAGCACAAGUGAACCGAUUCCCGCCCAGGAUGUGUUCGUGUCCAAUGUGUAUGUGAAUCCCGCAUUCAAUCCCAACAAUCUGCAGAACGAUGUGGCCAUUCUGAAGCUGGUCCAGCCCGUAUCCCUCACCAGCAAGUCCACCGUGGGCACCAUCUGCCUGCCAACCACGAGUUUUGUGGGCCAACGCUGCUGGGUGGCCGGCUGGGGCAAGAAUGACUUUGGUCCGACGGGUGCCUACCAGGCCAUACAGCGGCAGGUGGAUGUCCCACUGAUACCCAAUGCCAAUUGCCAGGCUGCGCUGCAGGCCACUCGAUUGGGUGCAUCCUUUGCUCUCAGUCCCACAUCCUUCAUUUGCGCUGGCGGCGAAGCUGGCAAGGAUGCCUGCACAGGGGACGGUGGCUCUCCGCUUGUGUGCACCAGCAACGGGCUGUGGUAUGUCGUGGGAUUGGUGGCCUGGGGCAUUGGCUGUGCCCAGGCCGGUGUGCCCGGAGUCUACGUGAAUGUGGGCACCUAUCUGCCGUGGAUACAAACGACUCUGACCCUCUAGACGAUCCUCUACACUUAAGUUGUUGAACAUUAUUAUAGUAUAGAUAUUCGGAAGAACAUAAAAUUUGAGCAUCAAUAGCGCAA